UGCACAGUCUUUGUCAGAUUUCAAGUGAAUUCACGCAAUGGGAAAAAUGGUUUGCGAAAUACACAUAUAAUUGAAGUUGAAGCUUAGAAAAGAAACACAACAGUGCUCUAUUUGAGAUAAACAAUUUCUUUAUAAACAAUUUUUAAUCUCAAUUGACAAUUGAGUUUGAAAAAAGACAAAGAAGAGAUUUGCAGCAAAAGAAGAACAUUGUGUCACAAGCUCACUUUGUGUCUGGCAAUUGACGAAUUAUUCGACAGAUAUAAAUUUCAAAUACAAAGCAAAAGAUAAUAGAAACCCCCCAACGGUGCCCAUGUAAACGCAAACGAGAUCAUAAGAAAACCCCCCCGAAGAAAACCCGAAAGUCUACAAGUAUUGGGAGCAUACCAACCGAGGGAAGUCCUUGAGGUCCUGAUGGCACCGUUUAAGCUAAAGUUUCGCAUGGGAGGCUCGCGCAGCACGAGCACAUCGCAAGAGCAUGAUCCGGAUCCGACUGUGAAUGAGGCGCUUUUGGGCACACAGCAGCAGCAACAGCAGCAGCAGGAACAGGAGCAACAGCAGCAACUACAAGAACAACAACAGCAACAGCAGCAGCAUCAACAGCAGCAACAACAGCAGGCAGUUGGUGCCAGCAGCUCGACAAUUGAUUCAGUGGAUUGCAACAGUCUCGGCUCAAUGAGCGAACGGAAGCUCUUGCUUCCUCCGAAUCCCAGUAAGGCUGCCAUCAAUUCCAACAGCUUGCGUAUGGGCUAUGUUAAUCCGAGUCGCACAUCGACGUGCAUCAACGAAGCACCCGCGGACAGCAGCAACAACCUGCCGACAACACCGCCCCCGACAUACGAGUAUGUGUUAGAGGAGAAUACGCGACUCUCGCAGCAUCGUCAGCUGUCGUCGGAGCACAGCGCCACACCGAAUCAGAACAGUCGUCGCAGCUCGGCGAAUAGUUCGCGACAGAGCGCUGCCCUGGAGCAGCUAACCCUCAAUGAUCGGAGGAACAGCAACAGCAACAGCGACAGCGAUAUUGAUCUUAACAUUGACAUCGACAGCAUUGAUAGCAACGAUAUUUGCAACGAUCCCGAUUGCCAGCAGAACUAUAACAACAGCAAUUGUGGCGGCAGUCGACGACGCAACAACAAUCGCAGCAGCAAUAACAGCAGCAGCAACGGCAGCAACAACAACCAACAUCACAACAAUAACAACAUCAGCCACAACAACAACGAAGGUGAACAAGUGGAGGUGGACGAGGAAGAGCUGCAUCAACUGCAGCAGCAUCAUCAGCAGUCGGAACACAUCAUUGAGGGCGUCACAGAGCUGGAGCUGCACAGCGACGACAACGAGGAGAGCACGCUGAGCGUCAACGAGUUUCUGCUCGAGACCGAAAUGGCUGCAGCUCGUGCCAAGGCGUAUGCCGCGUGUGGCGAUGCCGGCAACGAUAGCCAGCAACCCUGCACCGACGAGCAGUGCACUCAGUGCAGCGAGCGUGCGGGAUCCGAGGAGGAUGGCGGCGAGCCAUCCACAAGUAAUGCGGCGCGACACAAUUUCUUCGAUCCACUCCUCAAUCGCUACGGCAAUGAAUCUGGCUGCUCCAAUGGCUCGGGGACGGGCAACAGCAAUGGGCAAUCAUGCAAUGAAUCCUGUUGUGCCUCGGGCUCGUUGUCCGGCUCAGUUGCAUCGCGUCGUGGACGUCGCCAGCAGCUGCAGCAACAGCAGGAACAAAACUGUCUGCUCACUCCAGAGAUGAUGAGCAACAAGACAUCAAAGGAGAUCUACAAGGAUCUCGCCAAACAGUGGGGCAUCACCUGCAAAAUGUCUGAGAGUUGUCGUUGCAUGGACUGUCAAAGCCAUUACUUCGAUUGCGACUACGACGAUAACGAACAUCAGAAGACGGAUGGCGGAUUGGGGGCGGGCACGCCCAUGUUUAUUAGCGAGGUAAUGCACGGAUCUGGAUGUCAGAUAUUGUAAAUGGAUUUUGGAACAGUUGUUGUCGUCUGAUUUUUGUUUUCUACAAAUGGGGUAUGAAAAGAUUGCUGAACAAUUGUUAUAUGUAAAUGCAAAUGUUUUCUAGAAAAGCCAAAAAGAAAUGCUAUAUAUAGAGUAUUAAAAGAAUCUUGAUGAUCGUGGCAUUGGAUUCAACAUAAUCGUAAACGUAUUUCGACGUUAUUUGCACAAAUUGUUUGCACAACGCACACAAAAUAAAACGAAGUAGAAAUAAUGUUGCACUGCGUCUUAGGUCGGAAUACUUGAUGGAUCUGCGGGAAAUAGAUUAAUAAACUGCAUUCAAAAUAGUCAUUUAAAUGGGCUUUAAAAUAUAACAAAUCGAAACGAAAUGGAAACGCUAAAUAGAUAUCACGCUAACUUAUCUGGCGUCAACUUAUGAAUAAUUUUCUAUGGGAUAUCAAAUUAAAUUUAAUUUGAAAAUCAAAAACGAAAAAAUGAUUGAAAUUUUUAUAAAUAAGCCCACCUUGCAGAUGAAAAUUUGAUAUAUCCUUAAAUGUGUUCCAUUUUUGAGGGUCGAAACUCAUAAGAAAAGAAAGUAAGCAACUUGAUUUGUAGCUGAUCUUAAGAAACUAAAAUCAAUUCUCCCCAAAAAUUAUUAAUAUUGUAAACCCCCAUUUGAAAUCCGAGCUUUUCAUAACAAAAAAAAAAGAUUGCAUUAUAAAUUGAACAAAUUGUCAAAUUAAUAUGAAAUAUCGAAAAUGAAAUUUGUAUGUAUUUUUCUAUAACAUAAAGAGAACUAACUAUUAUUAUAUAGAUAUGGCCUAUGUGUUGAAGAAAAUGUAAUGGUAGAGGCUUACGAUUCAAGUACAUCUAUCUAGAGAAACUUAACCGUAUAGUAGUUUAAGCAACGUGACAAUGAGGACAGUGAGCACUUUUGUGCUGGGAAAUGGAACAAAAUUUUAGAUUGUAUUAGAAAAGUCUAGGCUCCCCCCAAUUAAUGCGAUACAAAGUUAACCUUUAUUACAAAUAAUACUGAUAUUACAAAAAUGCGAAUGUAUUUAGUCUGAUAUUCGAUUAUUGAUUUUUUUUAAGAGAAUGUGAAUAUUUUAUGGUUUUGAUUCUUCUGUUAAAAGCAGUGAGGCAUUUAGAACCUAAUCCUAACAUAAGCACGAUCCAAAACUAUACUAUAAACUGUAUAUGUUCCAUACUGUCUUAAGAAAGCGGGUUUCAUUCGCAUCUCAGAAUUAGAACUGGACUAGUACUCGCGCAGUUAUCGAAUAUAUCGAAUAUGUAUUUGUUUAUAGUAAUCGUAAAAUAUAACAAAAAAAAAACACAUGAAACAGAAACAUAAAAACCGACUAAGUCUGUUAGCCGU